AUGGAUCCAUUCAUCAAUUUACCAUCAAGUUCGCAAAUUGAAAAUCAAGGCCUGAGCCGUGCUUUUGAGAACCGAGGUGGCUUCGCAACUGAUUCGUUGAAUCCUUCUCAAAGAAAGUAUUCAGUUUUCCUUUACAACCAUGACAACGCUACUUUUACACAACUGAGAGCUCUGCUUCUUCAAGCUUUGACCAGGCGUUCACUCCGUUUAACAACAAUUUGA